AUGGCAUCUUCUCAGGUCGGGCCGCCUCCGGGGAAGCUGUCAUUUGCGAAGGUUGCUGCAAUGCGUGCCCCCGCCCUUCCUGCGCCAAACCCUAAUGCUUCGGACGAGAAGAAGGGUCGUCCUGUCGAGAAUAUUAAUACAAAAGCUGUGCAGACCAGCCAUGUCAAAUCUCCAACUUCGCCGAGAACGCCCAGUGAUUCACAGCCAAAGAUCCUAGAAGAGCUCAGUCAGCUGGACUAUCCAGCAACUGCAAUUGAAGGGCUUUCUCUAGUUGAAGAUGCUAGCCUCGUAUCAGGCGGCCCUCAGAGUGCGGAAAGCGGAGAAUCUCUUGAAGAUGAUCAAUCUCAUCUCUCCAAUUCUUCCACCAAACAUCAGAGUUUUGAUACCAAAAGCAUGGCUUCCGUUACAACCUUUGCAAUGGACGAGAAGGAGAGCAUUCGUCCGGAUGACAGUGCUAGUGUAAGAGCCGCAGAGGACGAAGAGACCUCAAGUGCACCAACCCGAGAAGACUUGUCGGCAUCAAAUACUCGUGGAACAUCGCGGCCGAACAUUUCUGGAGUCACCAUCGCGGCUCGCCGAUACCACACGUUGACUUUAACCAAUCCUCCGCGAUUUGGAGAUCUCCCCCUCCCAAUCAUUCAGGCAGAGACUGCCGACCGACAGCCUCGCUCAGAAGGAUCGUUGGAGCAGCCUCGCGAGAUACAUGAACGCGCUUCAUCACUUCCACUUGCGCCUGAUGAGAAGCUACUGGAUGCAUUAGCCACCCCAAAAGAUCGCCUGCCUCUCCUCCAGCUGGAAGAGAAAUUCCUAGCCUUUAUUACAAUGCCCGGAAAUGAUUUUCUCGACCUACCACCACAGAAUUCCUUUGCCAGGCUUCUCGCACAUAAACUUGCAGACUAUUACUCGCUUGCCCAUCACAUCAACGAGGAUGGCACAUCUAUCCGUAUCUUUCGGACGCCUGACGUAUCGAUGCCUACACCGCUACAUGUCUUGGCCCAGUCCAUCCCUGCAGGGCCUUCUCAACCUCCUUCCGCUGCGGGUUUUAAGAUCAUGCGCAGGGUCGGUUUGGGGCCACGGCAGGGCUCAGCCGGUGCCAGUACACCUGCGAGUUCGUCGGCUCCAUCCAAAGCCACCUCGGAAGCAGGUCUCGAAACGAACAGCGAGGAGGGUAUCUUGUCCCCGGUGGAAGGAACGCCGAACAAAGACAAGUCAAAACUCACAAGAGAGGAGCGAGAGGCCCAAUACAAAGCUGCGCGAGAUCGGAUAUUUGGCGAUUUCCAGGAGUCGGUGACCAGUGAGAGUGCUUCGACCGGGGAGAAUUCGGCGAGCAUGUCGCGGUCGAGCUCAUCUAGUGGCAAGAGAAAGGCACGCAAACACAAAACCCCAAAAGACGACAGUUUUGAAGCACGAUCGGCAUUCAUUCCCAGCUACACCCCAAUGCAUAUGUCACAUAUGCAACCGCAAUAUCAGCCGCAUUACCCGGAACAGGCUUAUAAUGGACCAUACCCAGCACCCAAUGGCGCAUUUGGUGGAAACAUGAAUUACAGCUCUACACCCACCCAAGCAUAUCCUAAUUUCGAGUCUUCCAUGUCCUACAACGGCGCUCCAAUGGGCUACGGAAACAAUAGCUCCCAGUCUUUCAGUUCUACGGAAUCAUGGUCGUCGACGAUGCAGACUCCUGCCUCGAACGGAUACUUCAAUUACUCUGCCUCUCCCACCACCUAUCAGCAGGGUAUUUCUCCCAUGAUAGCUCAAAUGAGCCAUCAAUUCAUGACAACAUCACAUACCGGUAUGCAACAGCCACAGAACUGGAUGAACAAUCAAUUCCCGACUGCCUAUCCUCAACCCCAAGGUCCGCCCACCUCCAACCUGAAUGGUUGGUCUUCUUAUCAGACUAAUGCAGCUAUGAGCAACGCAGCAAACUACGGCUAUGGACAGCUGCCUGCGCAAAACUUCAGUGGUAAUGCGAAUCAGGCAUACAAUGGCCAAUAUUCCAAUUCAAGCACCUACUCCCGAUCACUUUUCAACCCGCAGACUCGCUCCUUCGUCCCUAGCAAUUCCUCGAGUCGCAAUGGCGGACGCAGUGGACACACCAACAACAACGGCGCACGGAAGAAAAAUUCGUCAGCCUCGUCAAGCCAGAGCCGGGCAAAUAGCAUUCCUGCUUCCAAACCAUUCGCUUCAGAUGCUUCCGGAACGCCACCACCUGCUCGCGCAUUCGACAAGGGACUCUCCAGUAAUGUAGCGUCUCCCAAACCACCUCCAGUUAAAGAGGAUUCCCUCCAACAGAAAUACGGGGCACCUGCGCAUCUGCCUAAGAAGCCUCCACCAUCGCAGGUCCCCUCGCCCUAUGACGUUGACAGUAUUACCAAUCCAAGCACUGGCGUAGCGGGUACGGGAGCGACAGCAUAG